AUGAGGUUGUAUGUUGACUAUCGACAACUGAACAAGGUUACUAUCAAGAAUAAGUAUUUGCUUAUGAGAAUUGAUGAUCAGAUGGAUCAGUUGGUUGGUGCUUGCAUGUUUAGUAAAAUUGAUAUGUGUUUGGGUUAUCAUCAGAUUCGUGUAAAGCCAUACGAUAUUCCGAAUACUGCGUUCAGAACGAGAUAUGGUCACUAUGAGUAUUUUGUGAUUCCAUUUGGUGUGUCUAAUGUGCCUGGAGUGUUCAUAGAGUAUAUGAUUAGAAUAUUCCGUUCAUGCUUAGAUCAUAUUGAAAUUGAACCUUUUGAAACCUUGUAUGGUAUGAGGUGUAGGACAACUUUGUGUUGGUAUGAUUCUGGUGAGAGUGUUGUGCUUGGACCUGAGAUAGUUCUGCAGAUUACUAAGAAGAUCAAGAUGGUCCAAGAGAAGAUUCUUCAGAGGGUAAGAGAGGUGGUCUACCGAGUUGCGUUACCAUCGUAUCUCUCCAAUCUUCAUGAUGUGUUCCAUGUGUCUCAGCUGCAGAAGUACAUUCACGAUAUGUCUCAUGUGAUUCAAUUGGAUGAUGUGCAUGUUAGAGAGAACUUGACAGUUAGAAUUUUUCUGAUGAGGAUUGAGGAUCGUGAAGUGAAGCACUUGCGAGGCAAUGAGAUCGCUUCAGUGAAAGUUGUUUGGGAAGGUCCUGCUGGUGGCAGUGUGAGGUGGGAGCUCGAGAGUUGUAACACCCCGACUUAA